GAUUUUAUCGAUGCCGAGUCGAGCAGCGAGGGGAAGACCUCGAUGCAGAUAUUUGCGAUCAAGAGAAGAAUAUAGCGCUUGUUCUGUUGCCGCUGCUAGGCGGAGCAGUGUGGCUUGAAAACUCCCAACCUAUGUUAGAGCGAUCACGGACGUGGAAAGAUGUACAAGCUUGAUUUGCCAGUCGAUCAGAAAGAAACAAGAGCUCGAGAGAGGCGACGCCUGCAGGAAGAGGAGAGGAAGAAACGAAUCUUCAAUCCUAAAUCUCGCACCAUAGGGGUUGAUGUCAACUCUCUGGAAGCCCAAGCUGAAGAGCGCUCCAGGCAGCGAACUCUGGACAAGCAACGAGAUGAGGCGUUUGCGGCGGACAUGAAGCGCAACGAUGAGAUGGCAUUUCUCUUGGAGCAGCGGCAAAUGAACGACAGGCGGCAGAUCGAUAAGGAAAUCAUUGAGUUUCGGGAGCGACACCAGCGCAUCGAGGACCGGCGAGAGUUUGACAUCUUCGAUCCCGACAGCAAACGUAAGGACCGGCCAGCCAGAGAAACCGAUGAUGAUCCGCGUCUGACUGUGUCCGGCUUACAGAAAUUUCAAGGCGAAGAUCUGAACAGCCCGGCAAGAGUUAAGCUCCAGAAGGAGCAGAACCAGGCCUGGCUUCACCAGCAAAUGGAGGAGAAAGAGAGGACACGUCGUCAGACUGCCGAAGCAGACCGUCUAUAUGCACUGAAGAUGAGAGAAAUGGACGAGCGUGCAAUGAGUCUAGAGUUAGCCGAUCAAGACGCACGGAAGGCAUUGCUAAUUGCUGAGAAGAACUACCAAAGGGCACAGAGUGACGAAAUGGUAGCGCGUCGUGAACAAGACAAGCAACAGGAGCUGGAUGACAACUUCACGGAAAUGUCAAAUGCUAUACAUGGUGACUUGCUGUCCGAGAAUCCGUCGGUUGCAGCCAGUGCUUUCGGACCUCAUCGGGUCAUUCCCGAUCGUUGGAAGGGCAUGAGUCCCUCUCAGGUGGCGGAAGUGCGUCGUGUUCAGAAUGAGCAAGUUCUGGAGAAGCAGCGCCUCAAAGAAGCAGCAGAGCGCGAAGAGCAGGAAUGGAGUAGGCAGCGUCUUGCUGAUGCUCGGUGUGCCCAGCUUCUCGAGCGUCGAGAAAAUAGGACUCGUAAGCAGAUCCUAGCUGACCAAGCCUUGAUGAAUCAGCAGCUACGUCAAGAGCAGCGAAAGAUGAAAGAUCACCUCGACAGGGAAGUGUACACAAACCGCCCUGCAGAAACGUUCUUCUCCCAGUUCAACACGACCACCCGAUAACUGCAGUACUAUCGCUUGCUCUGAUUUGAUGUACAACAUGAAUGCGCUUGGUAGCCAUGCACUAGUCUUCCUGGAGGUGCUCGCAAACACCGAUUGUUGAAUACGGAUCAAAGGCCAGCUGCUUGUCUAUUAGAACGCUAUUCAAAAGUAGUCUGAUUGUAUUACAUGUACAGUUUAGUUGUAGAGUGUGUUCCCAAAGGUCAAGUUAGUUGAGCCCGUCGAUGCAGGUAAAGAAAAUAAUUAUUAUGUUUGUUUGUUUUGAUCUCCUCCUAGCCCCACACACUAUAGGUAUUUGGGAGUGAGUCCCGCUGAAUGAUUCUGACUUGAUUGGUUUGUUGAGCUUUGUUCUGUACAAUAUCUGGCUGCACGUCAUGUCCUGUGCGCUGCGGGUCACGUGGCAUUGUAUUUUCACAAAUGUAGACGCUUCAUCAGUGCAUGUGUGGUCUGUGUGCGUGAUGAGCAUGACCAUUCUGACAAUAUGCUUCUAUUAUCCGAGCAACUUUCAAAUGCAUCGGCGCCACCCACAUGCAUGCCAUGUCUAUUGCUUACACACACAGACAAUGGCACACAGUAUCAUUUUGAACUAUUAUUUGCAUGGCUCUUUAUGGGCAUUUCCUUGA